AGUGCACCAAGGUUGGCUGCCGCUGCGUGUAUCGGCGUUAUCUCAAUUCGCGGUACAUUCGAUGGGCCUGGAUUUCCUUCGCAAGCCUCAGGGGGCUGUAGAUCUGCACAAGUCCGGCGGUGGCAACCCAUCCCUUUCGCGCACCCAGCUGCCGUACGAGAACCUCAGCAAGCGGUUCCUGGUAUCGACGGGCCAGUACAGCCAGCAGUACUCGUCUCUCUACUACGUGCGCCUGGAGCUGCUGGGAGAGGCCGUCCUCAGGGCGGCGCGGGCCAAGUGGGGAGGGCAGCUGUCGAAUGCGCAGUUCCUGGAGGCGCUCAAGAAAGCCAAGGAGGGCGGCGAGUGCGUGGUCAUCGGCACCCUCUACAAAUCCAUGACGUACGUUGUUUCACACACACCAUCCAUAGCCUACCCUACCACGUUCCUUGGCUGUCGCUGGUUAGGCUCAAGCCGUCGGUGCUGCACGAGUACAUGAAGCACCUGGCCAUCGAGGGGCCCAUGGACAAGUACAUCUCCGACAGCGACACCCUCUACCUCGAGGACCAGACGGCUCGCGUCCAGCUGCUGGGCAACACCCCGCCCGUCGGCAAUGUCACCACCGGCCUCAUCGUGGCCGUCAGAGGCCGCAUGUCGGACGCAUGCUUCCACGCAACCGACUACUGCCUGGCGGGCGCCACCAGCCCCACCCCAGGACCUGCCCCCUCCCCGGAGGCCCCCCGGUACGUCGCCUUUGUGUCGGGGCUGCGGUUCGGAGACGCGUCGGCCAACGAGGUGCAUCUGCGUCUGCUGCACGAGUACCUGCUGGGCAGCAGCGGCAGUGCUGAGCAGAAGGAGCAGGCGUCGCGCAUCGGUCGACUGAUAGUGGUGGGCGACACGCUGGCCGCCGUCAAGACCGAGGGCUUCGACGUCAAGGUGGUGGAGCAGGCCGACGGGUGGCUGGGGGAGGUGAGCGCCACCCUGCCCGUCGACGUCAUGCCGGGUGCCACCGACCCCUGCAACGCCACGCUGCCGCAGCAGCCCAUCCACGCCGCACUCUUCCCCCACUCCCGCCGGCAGGCCGACACAUUCCAGUCGGUGACCAACCCCUACGACUGCCGGGUCGGUGGCGUCCGCAUCAUCGGCACCUCGGGGCAGCCCGUCAGGGACCUCAUGGCCUUCUCGUCAUGCACCACACCCCUGGACGCACUCAAGCUGACCGUCCAAGCCCGCUGCCUGGCGCCCACGGCCCCCGACACCAUGGGGUGCUACCCAUUCACCAAAUCCGACCCCUUCUGCAUGGUCAAUCAGGACACCGGGGAGGGGGCCAGUGUCAUCUUCUCGGGAGGCCACGACCGGGUGCAGUACGAGCGGCUGGGGGUCGGGGGGGAGGGCGGGGGAGAAGGUCAGGGUCCGCUGUGCGUGUGUGUGCCCGACUUUAGUGUGGAGCCGGUGGUGGUGCUGGUCGACAUCGACACACUCGAGGUAGACCUAGUUGAGUUCGGGGCAUAGCUGAAGGAACCUAGGAACGUAGCUUGCUUGCUGAAGAGGGC